AUGUCGUUUAGGAAUAAGACAUUCAUCGACACAGGACCGCGCAUGUCCUACCGGCUCCAGCCAUGUGUAAACGUCUUGAGGGGCCAGAGAUGGGACGAGAAACAGGCCUGCUACAGCACUCAUGAAAGCCAACUUCACGUGUGGCUCCUCAGAUUUUUGAUUAAGUUGUGUCACGAGACUGUGACCAUUGAACUGAAGAAUGGUACGCAGGUGCACGGCACGAUCACAGGCAUUGAUGUCUGCAUGAGCACGCACCUCAAAGCCGUGAAGAUGACUCUAAAAAACAGAGAUCCAGUCCAGCUGGAGGCCCUAAGCAUUCGUGGGAACAACAUCCGCCACUUUGUCCCGCCAGACAGUCUACCUUUGGACAUGCUGCUAGUGGACAUAGAGCCCAAAAUCAAGUCCAAGAAGAGGGAGACAGUGGCUGGGCGUGGUCGAGGAAGAGCUAGAGGAAGAGGUUGUGGGAGGGCAAGAGGAAGAGGAGGUCAACGAAGACAAAGGGUCGCUGACUAAUUCUACUGGUCUUGUCAUGUUUUUCUUUUAUUUUGCUGCAUCAAGGACCGA